CACGACAUUCUCAACAUGGUUGGAGAGAAUCUGAAACGCUCAUACCCUGGGCAUCCACCCAUAUCCAGGAAGAUCGCUCGGGUUGAUCACGGGUCGGCAUAUCAGAGCAACGGACAGACUUCAAACCCUAGUUCCAGACGGUCAUCGAUCUCGCAACCACAUCCGCCAGAGAAGACUGGCUACAACACUCCCCGGUCGCGAUCGCCUGUUAAAAACGGCAACACCGACUCUCAUCAUAACAUGGAGGGUCUGCCCAAAACACUUGAGAGGUUCAUAGUAACCAUCUCCAAGCAGAACCAGGCCGAUCAGCAUCUCAAAAAUGUCGAAGCGGUCUAUGAAAACAUGCUUCCAAGACACAAAGACUUUCCCGCCAUAAGUACUCAACAAACGACUCGAUUGGAUCAAGCGCAGAGAGAUCAUGAAGCCACCACUUCGCAGACCGCAGAGGCUACUAAUCUAUUGCUGGAAGCUUUGAGUGGAUAUUUUCCCGAGCAAGCAGGAUCAGCCUCGCACCAAGACUGCAUCUCUCGUUCAGAGUUCCGCAGUUUCAAAGAUCAGUUCCACGCAGGAAUGCAGGAGCUAGAAGAACUCCGCGCAGAGAACCAUGAUCUGAAGAGCAAGUUGGGGAAACAGGAGUUUCUUUUAAACCGCGAAAUAAAUUCCGCCAAAAGUNCCGAAGAUCGUCUUGUCAAACUCGAGCAAGACGAUCGUAGAGACAGGUUGAGCUAUGGAACUCGAUUCUCUACCUUGGAAGUGGAGAUGGAGAAGAAUAAGACAAGACACAAGGAGACAACUCAGUUCGUCGACGCCCUAAAAGACAACUCGGAGACUUUGGCUACCACUCGCAAAGAUCUACAGGAGCUAAAUCAGCAAUUUACCAUUCUGUCUAGCACUCCUGCGGUUUCUAGCACGAUCCCAACUCCUGCUCUACAAGAACUCGAACUCAGACUCAAAGCAACCGAGCGAUUAGUGGAAGUAGUGAAAAACGAUGCCACUGAGAAAGACGAGGCCUUCGGCGAUCAACUGGAUGCGAUGCAAUCGGGGCUAGACCAGGUACAAGUCAACUUGGAUAAAUUGCAAGCCAAUAUCAAAGACGAACUUCCUGAGAAACGAGGCCUAACAGAAGAAGACCUGCAGAACCUCGAUGCAUGGAAGGAAUUGGGGACUAGAAUCAAGGACCUCGCUUCAAAGAACGAACUAAGCGCAAAUACCACACGACUCGAGGAACUAAAUCAAAGGAUGAAGACCGAAUUGGAAGCCUCGAUCACCGAGAUCAGGCCUCAACUGGACUACAUUAGCAGAACCAUCGAGAAUCACAUCGAUCUGCUUCAAAGGCAUGAAGUUCGCUUCAAUUCAGUCACCACGGACGAGCUGGUCAGAAUGAUGGAGAAUCAAUGGCGUGCUGCCUACGGCCUACCUGUGGAAUUGAGAGGGCUAGUUGACCGCUACAAGCAAUUCGAAGCCAUGACCAUAAAGAGCUACCAAGACGUGAACAAGAAGGUCGCCGAGACGAAUGGAAGGACAACACAUCCAGAUCAUUUCGCCAUGGUUCUAAAGAUCCGUCUCGCGCGCUUCGGCAAGCGUCAUGCGCCCUUUNACAACAUCGUCGUCGCCCACGCCCGAACCGCACGCGGCAGCAAACCCCUCGAAGUCCUCGGCACAUACGACCCCAUCCCAAAAACGCCCACCGACGGCAACGAGACGGCGAAAAAGUUCAAGGACAUCAAGCUCGACAUUCACCGCGCAAAGUACUGGUUGNGUGUGGGUGCUCAACCGAGCGAGCCCGCUUGGAGGUUGCUUAGCAUGAUUGGCCUCAUGGAGCCAAAGUUCAGGCUAGGACAGGAGAUCAAGAAGGAGGGCGCUGUCGCAUGA